UGCCACCGAAAAAUCCAGAGGAGGAACUGCAGGUAGAGCUCAUGGAGAACGCCAACCAAGUCCCAGAUCCGGUGGCCCUGCCUAGAGUCGCCUGCCCGGAUUGCGGGAGGAUAGUGGUGACGUUCGUGGCGAGGCGUGGUCAAUUCGCGGGGGAGCAUUUCUACAAGUGCCGCAAUCACAAUCCGGGCAGAGAUGGUUGCGACUUCCACCGGUGGCAAGAAGCAUACGCGGAACAUCUGGCUUCGCUUGGACCGGCGGCACCUCCAUUGGCACAAAUCAAUCCAGACGAGAACGAAAUUGGGGGAGCAAAUCAAGGUGGUCAUCUGCAGGCGGCGGAUGGCGAGGCCGGAAACCAGGGCGGAGGAUCGGAUGGGUCGCAGAUGUCGGCUGCAGGCGGUGCUGGAGGAUCUGUGCUUGAUGCGGCGGCAAGCGGCGCUGGAGGAUAUGUGCUUGGUGCGGCGGUGGUUGGCCGGCGUCCGGCUACUGUCGCACUGGACCCCGCAUCUAUCAAUCUGGUUGUUUCUGUGGGAAACAUGGUCAUUUGCAUCGCCAUCCUUGUACUGGUUGCAGCUUCAAGCAUGAUGCGUGUGUUUGAUUAGCGAUUAGGUGUGCUAAUCUUAGCUGGGUAUGGGUGCCCAGUAGAAGGCUUUAUAAUUAGCGGUAGCGGAGUUGCGUGUCAGGUCUAUGUUUAUGGCUUGGUCAGUUUUUGGGUGUGUGUUCGGGUUGGCUUGAUCAGCUUUUGGUUGUAUGUUCGGCUUGGACGGGCCAGUAUUAAUGAAAUGUCAGUACUUAAGCUAAUAAAAUCAGUGUGGAAAAAA